AUGAAGAAACUGUCAAGUUCCACAGUCAUUGGAAAUAAGAGGAAGCUACCAUACUCAGCUAGCCAAGAUGGAAAUGUUGUUAAUACGACUAUUCGUAACACGGCGGAAGAUUAUAUGAUGGGCCAGACAUCUGAUAAUCGUACUGAUAAAGGCACUACAUGCAACACUAAUUACAAACAACUAACAGGAAGUGAAAAUUCAACGUAUAUUGGAACGAUUACAGGUACUCCAAAAAAUCGUUUCAAUGUUACAUUGGGAUCCAAAAAUUCUCUACCUUUGAGUGAUAUUACAAAUUGUAACGGGACAAUUCGAAGUAAGAAGAUCAAAGGUUCAUUGACGUUGACGGAAGUAUCAACAAUAGACAAUAAUGUGAAUGCACAUAAAUGGAGUGAGCGUAGCCAAUCAUACUCCUUGGGCAUUUCUCGGCCAAAUAUUACUCAAGAAUCGGAUCCACAAGUUGUAAUUUGUCGAGAUUUAAGUCAAGAUUUUGAUGAAGUUAUGGAGAGUGAAGUUCAAUCUGUGUAUCUUAACUUACAACGUAUUCUUUUCAAACGGAAGAACAAUGACAAAGAUAGCAUUCAUGUUGAAGUUGUCUCUGAUAUUAAAAAAGUUUUGGACGAGAACAAUGUGUUAGUACAAUCCUUCCGUAAUGCAAAGACACAUAUUCAAGCAAAUCCACGGGUAGAAAUCAAGAUGAGACUAAUUGGCAAACGUAACAAAGAUGCCCGAACAUAUAACCUCCCAACAGCGUCUGAGGUUGCAACACUCAUUGUAGGAGACUUGGAACCAACAAUGGGUCAACGUGAAGUCGAGACUAGAUCUGGUCUCUUGAAAAGGAUUAGUGAGUUGCACCCAUUGUACUUACCGUUGCAAUACCCACUCUUAUUUCCAUAUGGAGAGGAUGGCUAUAGAGAGGAUAUACAGCGAUGUAAAGAUUCCAACAAAAAAUCUAACAGUAGGGUCCGCAUAACAGCGAGGGAAUUCUUCUCUUUUCGGAUGCAUGAACGACCCGGAGAGCUCUCGACUUUGUUAUUUUCCAAAAGGUUGUUUCAACAAUUCUUGGUAGACGCUUACACCAUGGUGGAAACUGGAAGGCUCAUAUACAUAAGGAACAAUCAAAAGUCAUUAAGAUGUGAAGCUUACAAAGGGUUGUCAGAUGCACUAACCCGUGGUGAGAUUGAUCCUAGCACACAAGGGAAGCGUAUUAUUCUACCAUCUAGCUUCACGGGCGGUGCUAGGUAUAUGGUUCAGAACUACCAGGAUGCUAUGGUCAUAUGUCGUUGGAUAGGUUAUCCAAAUCUAUUCAUCACAUUUACUUGCAAUCCUAAGUGGCCAGAAAUUGAAUGGUACUUAGGUAAGCGUGAUUUGAAAGCUGAAGACAGGCCCGAUAUUGUUUGCCAAAUUUUUAAGAUGAAGUUGGAUGAUCUAAUAAAAGACCUUCGAACUGGAGAAUUGUUUGGUACAGUUAGAGCAGUCAUUUACACUAUUGAGUUCCAAAAGUGUGGUCUACCGCAUGCUCACAUUCUACUCUUCUUAGCAAACAAUGAUCGGAAUGCGGGGUGCAAUUUUAUUGACAAAAUGAUCGCAGCAGAAAUACCAGAUAAAGAAGUUGAUCAAGAGUACUACAAAUGUGUUGAAGAAUUUAUGGUCCAUGGUCCUUGUGGAAAUGUAAGAAAGCAAUCUCCGUGUAUGGUGAAUGGAAGGUGUUCGAAGCAUUUUCCAAAGAAGUUUGUUGACUCAUCGACUUUUGAUGAAGAUGGUUACCCAAUAUAUAGACGGAGAGAUGAUGGUAGGUUUGUUAUGAAAAGUGAGAUUCAAUUGGACAAUAGAUUUGUUGUACCACACAAUAGGUAUUUGCUGCUUAAAUAUAGGGCUCAUAUGAAUGUGGAAUGGUGUAAUCAAUCAAGAUCAAUCAAAUAUUUAUUCAAAUAUGUUAAUAAAGGGAAUGACAGGGUCACAGCUGAGUUCUAUAAAAGUACCUCUGACAGUAAUGGGAAUGAAGUCAUCGAUGAGAUUAACAUGUAUUACGACUGUAGGUACAUAUCAGCUUGUGAGGCUACUUGGCGGCUAUUUAGCUUUGAGGUACAGUUUAGAACUCCAGCGGUGGAGAGAUUGAGCUUUCACCUACCAGACUGCCAAACAAUAAUUUUUGAAGAUGACGACCCAGUUGACAACGUAUUGAUGAGGGAGACAAUUGGUCAAAGUAUGUUUAAUGGUUGGUUUGAAGCGAACAAAAAGUUUCCCGAGGCUAAGUUAUUGACUUAUAUUGAGAUGCCAACUAAAUUUGUUUGGAAAAAGGAUAUUCGAGAAUGGAGUCCAAGAAAGAAAGGUUUUGUCAUAGGUAGUAUUUUCUAUGUACCACCGGGUACGGGAGAGUUGUACUACUUGAGAUGCCUUCUAAACAUAGUUCGCGGGCCUACAAGCUUUGAGGAAAUUCAGUUUUUUAAUGGUAUACAAUAUACUUCAUUUAGAGAUGCAUGUUAUGCCCGUGGUCUAUUGGAUGAUGAUAAGGAGUAUAUUGAUGCCAUUAAAGAAGCAAGUGAUUGGUCAUCUGCUCAUUCUAUGAGAAAACUUUUUGUGACAUUGUUGACAUCAAAUUCAUUUAAUAGGCCUGAAAUUGUUUGGAAGGAGGUGUUGGAUUACCUGUCUGAAGAUGUGCAAUACAAUCAACGCAUAUUCUUAUCAAUUCCAGAUUUAGUUUUAACAAAUGAGGAGAAAGAGAAUCUAACUCUAAUAGAGUUAGAAAAAUUGUUGCAAGUAUACAACAAAUCAUUAAAAGACUUUCCUCCCAUGCCCACACCACGAGCUGCUUCUACAAGGUUAAAUGGAAAUCGUUUGUUGUUUGAAGAGCUGUCAUAUGAUCGUGUAGUUCUUGCAGAUGAAAGCGAUAGGUUUGUUAGCCAACUCACUGAAGAGCAACGUGGUGUUUACGAUACAAUAAUUGGAGACGUGUUAUCUAACAAAGGUGGAUUGUUUUUUGUUUAUGGUUAUGGAGGAACAGGGAAAACAUUCUUAUGGAAGACCCUAUCUGCCACAUUGCGAUCUCAAGGUUUCUUAUGGAAGACCCUAUCUGCCACAUUGCGAUCUCAAGGUGGCAGGACGGCACACUCAAGGUUUGCUAUACCAAUUAACAUUGGCAGGACGGCACACUCAAGGUUUGCUAUACCAAUUAACAUUAAUGAGGACUCCACCUGCAAUAUUAAACUCGGUAGCGACCUUGCUGAGUUGAUUUCAAAGGCAAAGUUAAUCAUUUGGGAUGAAGCUCCAAUGAUGCACAAACACUGCUUUGAGGCACUAGACAGAACUAUGCGAGACUUGCUUCGUUUCACCAAUCCUGCAAGUGAGAGAUAUACGUUUGGUGGUAAGACUGUAGUACUUGGUGGUGAUUUUAGGCAGAUUUUACCAGUUAUACCGAAGGGCUCUAGGCAAGAUAUUGUUUCUUCAACCAUCAAUUCAUCAUACUUAUGGGAAAGUUGUACGGUUCUAAGGUUGACAAAAAAUCUACGUUUGGAAAAUAUGGAAAAUGCUGAAGAAAAACAAGUAGAACAAUUUGCAAAGUGGAUAGCUUCUAUUGGGGAUGGUACAGCAGGUGCAUCUAACGAAGAUUGUCCAGAGGUUGUGAUUCCAAAUGAGAUGUUGUUGUCAUCAAAUGGCGACCCAAUUGCCACUAUUGUUGAAAGUACAUUUCCCAUGUUCCAAAAUGGUUCAUGUGAUAACAGUUUUCUUGAGAGUAGGGCAAUUUCGGCACCAACAUUGGAUGUUGUGAACGCUGUUAAUGAUUACAUGAGUAGCAUGCACGAAGCUGAGAGUCGAACAUAUCUUAGUUGUGAUUCUGUAUGUAAAACGGAUAAUGGUAGUGGAGUUCUUGCAGAUGUUCACACACCUGAGUUUCUUAAUGGCCUUAAGGCAUCAGGUACACCAAACCAUUCUUUGACAUUGAAGGUUGGUUCACCGGUGAUGUUGUUAAGAAACAUUGAUCACUCUCUCGGCUUAUGUAAUGGCACUAGACUGGUUAUUGAUCACUCUCUCGGCUUAUGUAAUGGCACUAGACUGGUUGUAACAAGACUUUCUGGCUUAUGUAAUGGCACUAGACUGGUUGUAACAAGACUUUCUGAGCAUGUAAUUGAAGCUAAGAUAAUGUCAGGCAGACUUUCUGAGCAUGUAAUUGAAGCUAAGAUAAUGUCAGGCAGUCAUUCUGGUACAAGGGUGUUGGUCCCUAGGUUGAGUAUGACGCCUUCAGAUCCAAGAUUGCCAUUUAAGUUUAGCAUAGUAGAAGACAAUUUCCUUUAUGCUUUCAUAUGCUAUGACCAUUAA